AUGAGGUCACUCGAUCCCUUCUCUGCUGUCUGUCUCCUCAAUGACGUUGGCCGUUUGUUUAUACAGGAGCUGGGAUCGGUGGGGAGUCUCCUCCCUGGGGCCCCCAGCAACUGCAGCAGUCCUCUCCUCAGUGCAGCUAUCAACAGAAGAGGAACACAACCAGAAGCAGAAGGUGGAGCAGCAGCAGGAGCAGCAACAGCAGCAGAAAGCGGAGCAGCAGCAGCAGCAGAAGAAACAGGAGCAGCAGCAGAAGAAGAAACAGGAGCAACAGAAGCAGCAGCAGCAGCAGCAGCAGCAGCAACAGCAGCAACAGAAGCAGCAGCAGCAGUAUCGAGACCAGACAGGAACACCAGCAGCAGCAGCAGCAGCAGCAGCAGCAGCAGCAGCAGCAGCAGGAACACAACCAGAAGCAGAAGGUGGAGCAGCAGCAGGAGCAGCAACAGCAGCAGAAAGCGGAGCAGAGAGACCAGACAGGAACACCAGCAGCAGCAGCAGCAGCAGCAGGAGCAGCAGCAGGAGCAGGAGGAACACAACCAGAAGCAGAAGGUGGAGCAGCAGCAGGAGCAGCAACAGCAGCAGAAAGCGGAGCAGCAGCAGCAGCAGAAGAAACAGGAGCAGCAGCAGAAGAAGAAACAGGAGCAGCAACAGAAGCAGCAGCAGCAGCAGCAGCAGCAGCAACAGCAGCAACAGAAGCAGCAGCAGCAGUAUUAG